AUCCACCCAUCCAUCAAAAUGAAGAACAAAGACCCCCCUCCGUACUCGCCCCCUGGCUACCCUGCUGCCUACGCCGGACCGCCACUCCAGAACUACACCGAUGGAGGAGCCCAGGACCUCCUCACAGGACCAAAGGGGCAACGGGGGCCACAGGGGCCACAGUGGCAACAGGGGCCACAGGGGCCACAGUGGCAACAGGGGCCACAGGGGCCACAGGGGCCGCAGUGGCAACAGGGGCCACAGGGGCCACAGGGGCAACAGGGGCCGCAGUGGCAACAGGGGCAACAGGGGCAACAGGGACAACCCGGACAACCAGGGCAACCCGGACAACCAUGGACACCAGGUCAACAAGGGCAACAGGGGCACCAGAAGAUGCCCCCCGGAGAGCAGCCUAGAUACCCAG